CAGAAUCAUUUCAAAUUACCGAUUUAAAACCCUAGCAACCCCUUUUCCCCAAUUUUCUCACUCACUCACUCUCUCUCUCUCUACUUUCUCUCUCUACAGGUGAAUUGAGUAACAGAGUGAGAGGAUGAAAAUGAAUGAUGACGUCUGACGGUACACUGGCUGUGUCUUCUGGAUCUGAUAUGUUUGGAUUUGAGCAGCAGUAGAGGAAGCAAAGAACUGAUAGAAUGGGGAAAGUGUCACCUAAAGAGAAAAUGUCAAAGACUUCAAAGCAGAAGAAGCGCGUACAUGCUUCAAACAAGUAUUUGAAGCCAGGUGCGCUUGCUCAGCUUCGUAAUAGCAAGGCAUCAGCAUCGAACGGGAAAAAGAAGGUUGAUGUUAUGGAUGCAGAGAAUAGUCAGAGCGUCGCUUUGUUUCAGAAUGAAUGUGCCUAUGAGUAUGACAGCCCUGUAAUAUUAUCACCUGAAAAGUUCAGAUAUAGUAAUGUGGCUGGACCACUUGAUGUGCACAAGGAGAAUAAUUUACAGAGAACACCUAAGACACCACGUGAUCCAUUUCCUGAAGUGGAUCGAUCCGAUUAUGAGUCCAGGCUUGAAUCUCUUCCAAUGGAGUUGCUGGUCAAGAUACUUUGCCACCUACACCAUGAUCAUCUUAGAGCGGUUUUCCAUGUCUCGGAGAGAGUCAGAAAAGCUGUUGUGAUAGCUCGCCAGUUCUAUUUCAACUACACUACGCCAGAUCGGUCUCGACAAGAAAUAUUGUGCACAACAACGCCACAACCUACUGAACAAUGGCCUUUUGUGAGCAAGGGAGAGGGUAAAAGCAAAGAUUUCAAACUACCCAUCACUCCAAAAGCACCAAGGCAUGGACCCCGUCCUCCGUCCCGCCUAAAGCUAACAGAAAUGCGUCAGAUCGCAGCGGUUUUGUUUCAAGAAUCGGCGUUUCACCCUAGCUACAUUGUUCCGUCUUUAAUACCGAAAACGAUAUGCAAAUCAUUCGCUUCCAACCGCGUGUUGUUCUAUGAUGAAGAGCUUGAGCUUUGCCAGGCUGUUGCUCAGAAUAAACUUCUCUAGUCUUCAUUUCAGUCUUUUAUUUCUGUAUAGUGGUAAGCCUCUCUAGUUUCAUGUUUCUUAGGUUGGUAUUACUAGUGGGUUGGUAGAGUAAGAAUUUUGAAAAAUCCAAUGGGGUGGGGGCAGUCAUCAGCUUGAUGAGUGGUAGAAUACAAUGGUUGAUAAUCAAAUAAUAUGUUGAAUGUUAUGUUUUGUACAUAUUAUGAGAACGAUUUCAUUUAGGAGUUGGGUUGUGUUUUUUUUUGUUUA